CGGCCAGCCAGCCAGCCAGCACCGCAUUGCGACCACCUCCCCGCCGUCGUUCUCCGCUGUUCGCUCACUCAGGAUGGACUUUGUUAACUUUGCUCAAGCCGCUGUCGAGUCGCAAGUGCACCACCGCCAGGAAGGUGGCACACGAGACGGCUCGCAGAACCCUGACGGGCUGAACCUCCAGCUGCCCCACUUCAUCACUUCGGCCAUUGACAAGUUUUUGGACGGACUCAAGCCCGACCUUCACCCCAGGGUGGUUACCGAGAUUCAAGUUGCCCAAGACUGGGUCCUGCAGACCUUUGAGGAUAAAUGCCGUGAAGUCUUCCAGGAUAUUGCCAAUGGGGAUUUCAAGGAGGCCGCUCUCGACUUGAUCGGAGAAGGUGAGAAGCCUUACAACGCCGGCCAGAACCAAGGCCAACAGUAUCAGCAGAACCAAGGUCAACAGUACCAGCAGAACCAAGGUCAACAGUACCAGCAGAACCAGGGCCAACAGUACCAGCAGUACCAGGGCCAGCAGAACCAGCAGUACCAGCAAUAUCAGGGCUCCAGGGCUGUUGCUGGUGAGCGUGGAAUCGGCGGCGACCGCGGCAUCUUGCAGGAAAUCGGACAGGUUGCUUCGGAAGUCAUUGGCAGUGCCGCUGUCGGUGGCUUCAUUGGCUCCGCCACCAAGGGUCGCUUCAACCGAGACAACGCCAGAGAUAUCGCCGAUCAGAUGCUUCCUCUCCUCAAGAACGAGAUUGGCCAAAUGCUCGCCAGCGGCCACCAGACGCUCGCCACCCAGUUCACCGAAGCAUCGAUCAACCAUAUCAAGCUGUAUCUCCAUGGCAACAUCACCACCCAUGAGGUCGCCCAAGCCUCGGCCCGCGAUCUUGGCGGCUUUGCCUCCAACAUUUUCGGUGGCCAGCAUCAGGCUGCCUCUCGCGAUGUCGAGUCGGAUGAGCACCACGGUGGUCUGUUCGAGAUGUUCAACCGCAAGGUGAGCGAAGGUGUUCACCACAUCCGCGACAAGGUUCGCCUUUCGCUCCACCAGAUCGUCCUUCAAAUCGAAGACCACCUCUGGUCUCUCCUCCCCGACGGUAUUCGCCGCCCGCUUUCCGCCAUUUUCGGCAACAACGGCCAGCGCGGCAUCCCGAACGACCGCGGCAUCAUCGAAGAGAUCGAGCAAGUCUUUGAGGAGGAGGUGCAGAAGCUGGAAAACGGUCUUCACCAGCACGUCCGCGGCCUCGUCUCCCAGGCGCACACUACCCUGGAGACCAAGGCGGUCAUGCAUUUCCAGGAUGUGAUCAUGAUCCAGGUUCACAAGGUUUUGCCCAACGCUCGCGUCGAUUGAAAAACCAAACGCUCCUCACAGCGUUGGCAGCCAAUGAGCAUCAGCUUCGUCUUGAAGGUCAGCACUAGCGCUUGCGCUAGAUGGCCCGGUCGAUGUGACUGUAGUUCGUGAUGUACUUGCAUCACGAGGCACUCCUUGUAAAUGUGUGACCCGCUCGGUGUGCUUGUACACUGUAUUCAGGGGAAAAUGGGACACCUGCCCACAACCCAUUUGUCAGCGUAGUAUGCGAUGGCAUGUGUCUAGCUAAGCCAUAAGAAAUAUAACAGAUCACUUUGGCAGCCUCCGAGU